UUUUUUAGUUUCUAUGCCAUGUUUGUCUAUUACUUUUCAUUUACGCGACGACCACCCCGGACAGUUUCGCCCGGGGUGACUUAAUCUUCUAGUAUCGUCGAAAUUCAUAUUCAUUCGUCGAACUUUCUUUACACUAAAGUACUCAAUUGACAUCAGCAUCUGUAAGUAUAGUAGCUCAGCUGUGAAUGAAAUUGGCCUUAUUUGAAAUUAAUCUUUUACAACUUUUGCAAAGUGUGAGCUACGAAUUGGUAGCGUGAUUCUGAAGAUGCUAGUAUAGAGCCAGCUCGUACAACAAGUCACUAUACUUUGCCAUGAAUCGUUACCCUGAGCAGCACCACUAUAGCCCGCAUCCUAGGAUGGUCGUCGCGGAUAGAAAUUCAAGCCAGUCGUAUGAUCCCCGGUUGUAUCGCCGGACAGACCAAGGCACCUCGACUUCGCAAGAAGACAGUACAGCAUCAACGUCAUCCAUUUCGCGCGGCCUACAAUGGACGCUGCAAGCGUUUGGGUCGAUGCUGGACAUCUCCGAAAGUUCGGAACAAAUGGCGCGACGGCCGCCGAUAAAGAAACACUACCGGAGCAUCAAGAUUCAGUGCGACCUGGACGCGGGCGAGGAGGAUGCAGGGGAUUCUUCUUGCGGCGAAGGGCAAGCGAGCAACGCGGAAAGCGCAUCGCAGAUGAGCACGACUGCGGCUUACCGUGCGGCUCUGGAAAAGCGAAAACAGGAACUGAUCAAGAAGCAAGAGGAAGAAAUGAAGCGCACUAAAGGUGGCCUGGCGUCGUCCGUCCUGUGCUUCAAUGCGAGAAAAGCGAGGCUCAUGGCGCAACAGCUGGAAGACGAUCUGGCAGCUGUCGACGAGGAGGAAUUUAUGCGCGAGUUCAAAAAUUCAUCCACGAACAACAAGCAGGAGAAUGACAAAAAGGGCAAAAGACCGAAAGAGCCACUCUAUUCUCGCACGGUUCGCGCAAACCAGACGUUUGGGUACGACAGAAGUCUGUCGGGAAUUCUGGGCAUAUCUUCGGAAAAGAUAACGUCCCUAGCCUCGCCGAACACCGGGCACCGGAGGAUAGGUGCCGGCUAUACUGAUGGCACCUCAACAUCGGUAGAUGAAGACGACAUUUCUUCCUGGUGUCUACCGACCUUCAGCAAGGCACGAAUCGCGGAACUGGAAUAUCUUUUUCAAAACAUAGUUUUGAGAAACAUUCACAAAGCGCAGCACGGGGAACAGCAGCAGAGCAGAAUACCGGCGGCUGCGACUAAUCACCAACAAGCUCCCUCGCCUAUCGAGCGGUUCACACGAGGUGUGACGAGCCGCAUGCAAAAUGAUGCGGAUAUUAACUCGGUCGCAGUCGGCCGGGGUUUACCACAGCUCCAGUCACUGGAUGACAUGCUGUUCGACGUGGAAAACCGAGAAAGGGAGCGGAAGAAGCAGCAGCAGCGCAAGGACCUCGAGUUGGAACUGAGCAAGCCGAAGCCGCUUUCCGGUAUCCAAACCCUGCAAACCACCGGCAGCCUCGACCGGGGCUGGAUUCUUUUCUUCAACGCGUUCGGCGGGAAGUACAAUUGCCUGCACCGGUUUUGUCUAGACAUCGCGGCAAACUUGAAUAAUGCUCCAGGUUUGGAUAAAACGGGUUUCCGGCGUAGCACCCACCUCCCUCCGCACCAAAUCCAAGCGGCCAUAGAGGAAGAACUGUUUCCCAGGUUACUCGCAUGUAAGCUUUUUCGCGAACAGAAGCACUUGGUCACGACGAUCCAGCUCGGCGACGACUUCUUCUCCACUGAGAGUGAGUUUUUGCUGCACAACACCAAGCAGGGCAGCAAUUUCCUGCAGCAGGGCGGAAUCAAGCGAUUUGAUCCGCAGAGCUCCGACGCGGGAGGCCAGGUCUAUCCGGAGCCACCGCGAGCCGUGAUAGCGAAGCAGGCGCUAGGAUUGACUAGUGGGGACAACAGGAACGGCGAGCCGUGCAGUGACGACGAAGCACUCGCCCCGUUCGAGAAAAAUAGCAACAACGAAGCGACAGAAGAUAACAGCAUCAGUUCCUGGCUGAAAUCGAAGCUGAAUCUGAAUCGCGGUGUUGCCACUGACACAACGUCGGAACAACAGACCAAAAUCCCGACCAAGCGCAUCGUCUAUGACGAGCACGGGAAUAAGGAAGUGAAGCAGUUCGAGACCACGACGCAAACGCGAAAGUCCGUCGACCUGUGCGACGAUUACUUCGGCUCCCCAUCCAGCGCGACCGCGAGCACCAACGACUUCGACACCAUGAGCAACAGCUCCGCGAAUUCUUCAUCGAGCAACACUAGCAUGAUGAAUAACCAGAAUCAUCUCGUCGGUAGCGGAAUAACGGCCAGUAAGCUGAAGCAACUGAAGCACUCGCACACUGCCGACCUCGAUGAGCGGGCUCGGUUGACAAGACAGAACUCGUCGUCCUUCAGCGCGUUCGGCGGAGGAAACUUCGGCGGUCGCGGUUUCGGGCCCGCAGGAGGAGGUGCGGUUCCGGGGUAUCAUCUUCAAAGCAACGGGCUGCUUCCGACCAUGUUGGAACACGAUGAAGAGAUGAUUGACUACUUCGGUGGAGACAAGAAUGGUAGUAGAGCAAGCCGAGCCAGUAGCGCGGGAGCUGCUAAUAAUCGUCAGAGCCUGCUAUACCAAAAUUUUCAACAGCUCGUCAGUAGUUUCGACAUCGGAUCCGAUCUGUCUCUCUCUAGUUUCUUCUGGGAGAACGUCGUCGCAGAGGAUUUUCUGAUCGAGGAGAGCACGGCAACCGACCCGGGGAUGAACAAAAGUAGUAGAACUACAACCAGGCGGAAUAAGAACGACCCGCCCAUGGUGUCUAUGGGCACCGACACCGUCCAGGACUAUUUGGAAGAAACCAAUCCCUUCUGGCGCAGGUAUUUUCAGGAAAGAGAGAUCGUGCAAGAAGCCCGACUGGUCACGGGUGGGUACCCACGUUUGCCGACGUUUGGCGCUAAUGUAGCCGGGCAGCUGCUAUCCACCCCCGCGGACGAGAUUCUGCAGGAGUUGUUGCGGGAGCGGAACCCGGAUCCCUGGCAGAGUUCGCCACUGAUCAAGCUGCCGACCACGACGUUGCGGAGACUUUUGCAGACGCGCGACGCCUGGCCGUCGGCGUGCUUAGGGUAUCUGAGCGGCGGGGGUCAGAGCUCCUACUACAGCAGCACGUCCACCUCAACUUCAGGAGGGGGUAUGCUUGGCGGACAGGGAGGAGUUCCGAUCGUGAAUAAUACCAAGUGCGCGGUCGUCCACUACUACCAGCCGUGCUUGCAGCAGCUUGCCAGUGGCUCUUUGACGCCGCAACCGACAUCAAGCCCCGCGCAUCUCAUAAGGUCCUCGCACUCUAGCAUCCGGGAUUUCCGGUUUCUGUGGCUUUGGUCUAUGGAGAGCUCGAUGGAUCUGCAGCGGCAGCGGCUCGAGCUCGCGAUUUGGAAAAAUAGGGUGUUCGAGAACAAGAAGCGAGCCGCGGCGGCGCAGCAAGCGGCAGCUAGCCGGAGUAGACGAGGCAGCAGCGGCGGCAUCGACGGGAUUAAAAAACCGGUCGUGCAGCUGGUCUCGAUCGACGGAGAAAACUCGGAGAAGGUGGACAGUCUCGAACUGUUCAACUCGCAUUUCAUCAUGCCGCAAACCAUAGAGGUCUACGACAUGGCGGGCGCCUCGCCAUCCGUGCCGGUGAAUAGCAGGACAAGUCCAAAAGAGGCGGCGGCAAUACAACACCAGGCGGCCCAGGACGAAGUGAACGGGAAAAAGUGGCUGCUUCGACACUUGUCUCUCCUCGCCGACGGCGCGAACGCAGGCAGGUUUUACCCGCAGCACCUGGAAGCAGCCUACGUGUUGAAUUUUGGAAACAGUUCAGCAACAGCUUCAGGCGCUCCGAACGACGCGAACAACCUCACACCCGAACACAUCGCCAUUCAGACGCAGCUACAGGUAUCUACAUGAUCGAUCUACUUUUAUUUAGUUUUACGAAUGUUUUUACGUUGAGUAUUCAUACUAAUUUUUGUCUUCCGAAAGAUCAGAAAUGAGAAUGACAGUGCAAACCACAACAAGAAUGCACCGACAACCCUUUUCGCACCACAGGAACUCCCGCCGGGCUUAAGAGAUAAAUUUCUUCUAGUCGGCGAAAGCAAGGUAGAGCGAAGACACCUUCUCGAGUUGGGGAUCGAUUCACGCGACCUUGCGCGGAGGUACGCAGCGUUUCAAGCAGCCGCGCCGACUCGUUCUGCACUGCUUGAGCAAUUGCGAGGCCGUCGAGACGAAUCCAAUAGCAUAAGUUGAGGAGAGGACGGAGUUGCUGGAAAGGAUCGAUCUUAUUUCGCGGUUUUUU